AUGGCGGUCCUAUUUUGGUUCAGUGUUAGCGUUGUAUUAUUUUGCAUCUCUGCGGGUUCACUUGAUGAUUGGGAUGCUGUGGGAUGUUUUAAUAACUUCGAUUACUCAGCUCUUCCAGACCAUUUUCACACUCCGACUGACAGUGAUCUCGAUGUUGAUGUGCUUUGGCCAAAUUUAAAACCACUGGCGGAAGCCUGCAGUGAACAGGCCGAAAUCAAGAACUUCUCGUGUUUUGGAAUACAAUAUCAACAGGAAUGUUGGGGAGGAAUAAACGCAUCGUCGACGUAUAAUAUAUCUGGUGAAUCCCGCAACUGUAGGGUUGGCAGAGAUGGAUAUGGAGUUGGAAAGCUUUACACCAGCUUUGUCUAUAAGCUAAGGCCAGUGAACGGUAACUGGUCUACCUGGUCCAUGUGGACUCCUUGUUCAAAGACAUGUGAUGAAGGUUUACAGAAGCGCUUGCGAAAUUGUACAAAUCCAGCUCCAGCAAAUGGUGGAAAACCUUGUAAAGGAGAAUACAUUGAAGCAAAGAACUGCAGUUUACAAUUAUGUCCAGUGGACGGUAACUGGUCUACCUGGUCCAUGUGGACUCCCUGUUCAAAGACUUGUGGUGAAGGUUUACAGAAGCGCUUGCGUGAUUGUACAAAUCCAGCUCCAACAAAUGGUGGAAAACCUUGCAAAGGGGAAUCCAUGGAAACAAAGAGCUGCAGCUUUAAAUUAUGUCCAGUGAACGGUAACUGGUCUACCUGGUCCAUGUGGACUCUCUGUUCAAAGACAUGUGGUGAAGGUUUACGGAAGCGCUUGCGCACUUGUAAAAAUCCAGCUCCAGCAAAUGGUGGAAAACCUUGCAAAGGAGAAUCCAUGGAAACAAAGGGCUGCAGUUUAAAAUUAUGUCCAGUGGAUGGUAACUGGUCUUCCUGGUCUGCCUGGGCCCCCUGCUCAAGUACUUGUGAUGAAGGUUUACAGAAGCGAUUGCGUUAUUGUACAAAUCCAGCGCCAGCAAAUGGUGGAAAAUCUUGUAAAGGGAUAGACAUGGAAUCCAAAAGAUGGAAUACCCCCGGGAAUUUUGUCCUUGGUUUAUUGUUGAAUUUUUUAUUUCCAGUGCACGGAAGCUGGUCUAUCUGGUCUACAUGGACUCCCUGUUCAAAGACAUGUGAUGUAGGCUUUCAGAAGCGCGUUCGUGAUUGUAACAAUCCAGCACCAGUAAAUGGUGGAAAGCAUUGCAAAGGAGUUCCCAUAGAAACCAAACAAUGCUGUGUCCAGUUAUGCCCAGAUGUGGUUGAUGAAGUGAUCACGUUUGCUUCCAUAGUGAAUGGUCAGUGGGGCCCUUGGACUGCAUGGAGCGCGUGCUCAGUGAGUUGUAAAGCUGGAGUUCAGACACGUAAACGCAGCUGCAAUGAUCCUUCGCCCGCACACGGCGGCAGGAAAUGCAUCGGAGCAUCCCUUUUAACCCACACCUGCAACCUCGGACCCUGCCCAGUUAAUGGUGGCUGGAGUUCAUGGAACAGCUGGAGUACGUGUCAGAAGACUUGUGGAGGGGGAACUCAGACCAGAUACAGAUACUGUAAUCACCCUCCACCACAACACAAUGGCAAGACGUGUACAGGACAGAAAGUGAUGUCACAAUCCUGCAACACAGACCCCUGCCCUCUUGGGACAAGAUUGGUGCUAUGCGAACGUGGUCAUAUGGGGACCCUUAUUAGGUGUGGUCUGUUUCGGAGGAUAAGAAUUCAUUGGGUCCACUAUGGUUACAUCAGUGGUGAGAGUGCCUGUGGAAUCACACACACACAAACCUGUUCAGCUCCAAAUGCUUACCACAAGCUGAGGAUGUGGUGCGAGGGGAAACGUCUCUGUUUUGUAAAACCAUGGAACAAGUUAUUUCGGGCUCCAUGUGGCGGAAACAGAAGAUACUUAAAACUGUAUUACUCUUGCAUGUAGAAAAAAGUAACAACGUAUUAGCACAGCAACACGAAUUACUGAAAUGUCCAGGGAUCAAGCUAUCUAACGUUAGCUUAGCGUUCGUUAAACUAAAACUCUCACUUGUGGGAAAUCUCCUUUAUUCUAGUUUUUAUUUUUCCAGUUCAGUGCUGGAACAGGGUCUCAGUGACUGGUGAUGGAAAACUAAGAUUAUUAAAACUCAGAAAUUGGAAAACUAAUUAAAAACAAAUCUGCAACUAGCUAUUGAGAGAGUUCCUCCCAAAUUUUUGACUUAUCAUCCUUAUCCUUAUCCCCGUCCCUGUUUCCGUCCAACAACAUGUUUGUGUCCCAAACCAAUCCUGUGUGAGUUGAACUCUUUUCAUAUGUAAACAGUUUCUUUUGUUCCAACACGUUUACAUGGCUGCUGACCACGUGAGUGAAAACGCUCUAUUACAUAUUUUAGUUUGUAGUAUCGCUUUUACGAGUCGUUCACGUGUCGCGGACUUCGGAUAAACUUUGGAACCG